UUCAAAUUCUUUUUAACUCAGAAAGAAAUUGUUUUCUUAGGAUUUAGUUUGAUAUUUUCUUUUACCUUUUUUUUUUCCUUUUUUAAAUACCCAUUUGUUUCUCUGAGAAAACAGUCUUCUCUUGCCAGUUACCUUAUCUCUCUAUCUAUCUCCCUUCCUCGCUUUACCUUUCCCUGUGUCUCUCUUAGGUUCUAAAAGAUUUCAGGGCUUAUCCUCUGGGGAUUUCAUUUCCCAGUUCUUUGAACCUUAAGAGAGACAUGGAAGCUGUUUUACAAACCAGAUGUCUUCUCUCAUUACCACCAAACCCAACCAGAGUGAGAGUCAGAAGCCUUUUGAACCCAUCACAAGGCUUGAAGCAGAGGCUUUUUGCUUCAAAACCCUUAGGCCUUAGUGGUUUAUCUCUAUCUUAUAAGGAAGUUCCAAGCUUUGUUGCCAAACCAAAUGGGUUGCCCCCAAAAGGGAAGAACUUCAUUUGCAAGGCUGAGGCUGCUGCUGCAACUGAUGGCCAGCCUUUGUUUGGUGAAACUCAGAAACCUAAGUUCUUGGGUAUUGAGCUUGUGACUCUUAAGAAAAUUAUCCCACUUGGGUUAAUGUUCUUUUGUAUCCUUUUCAAUUAUACAAUCCUUAGGGAUACAAAGGAUGUAUUGGUUGUGACAGCUAAAGGAAGCAGUGCUGAAAUUAUACCAUUUUUAAAGACAUGGGUUAAUUUGCCUAUGGCUAUUGGGUUCAUGUUGUUAUACACAAAGCUGGCUAAUGUGUUGUCAAAGAAGGCCCUUUUCUACACUGUGAUUGUUCCUUUCAUAGCCUUUUUUGGUGCAUUUGGGUUCAUGUUGUAUCCUCUCAGCAAUUACAUUCACCCUGAAGCACUUGCUGAUAAGCUUCUUGCAGUGCUUGGACCUAGAUUUCUGGGUCCUCUUGCAAUUUUGAGGAUUUGGAGUUUCUGUUUGUUCUAUGUCAUGGCUGAACUUUGGGGCAGCGUGGUUAUUUCUGUUCUCUUUUGGGGGUUUGCCAAUCAGAUAACUACUGUAGAUGAAGCAAAAAGAUUCUAUCCUCUGUUCGGACUUGGAGCCAAUAUUGCUCUUAUUUUCUCAGGUCGAACUGUUAAGUACUUUUCUAAUUUGAGGAAAAAUUUGGGUCCCGGAGUUGAUGGUUGGGCCAUCUCCUUAAAGGGAAUGAUGAGCAUUGUGGUAUUAAUGGGGCUGGCUAUCUGUUUCCUUUACUGGUGGGUGAAUAAGUUUGUUCCUCUUCCCACACGUAGUAUGAAGAAGAAGGAAAAGCCUAAAAUGGGAACAAUGGAGAGCUUGAAAUUCUUGGUGUCUUCCAAGUACAUUCGGGAUCUUGCUACUUUAGUGGUUGCAUAUGGUAUUAGCAUCAACCUCGUCGAAGUUACCUGGAAAUCGAAGCUCAAAGCUCAGUUUCCAAGUCCGAAUGAGUACUCCUCCUUCAUGGGUGACUUCUCAACUGCUACUGGGAUAGCGACGUUUACUAUGAUGCUACUAAGUCAAUUUAUAUUCGACAAAUAUGGGUGGGGUGCUGCAGCCCGGAUUACACCCACUGUCCUGCUUCUAACUGGAGUCGGUUUCUUUUCCUUGAUAUUAUUUGGUGAUCCACUUGGGCCUACACUUGCAAAGUUCGGUAUGACUCCACUUCUUGCAGCCGUUUAUGUAGGUGCCAUGCAAAACAUUUUCAGCAAAAGUGCAAAGUACAGUUUGUUUGAUCCGUGCAAAGAAAUGGCCUAUAUUCCGCUGGACGAGGAUACCAAGGUUAAAGGGAAGGCUGCCAUUGAUGUUGUCUGCAAUCCGUUGGGGAAGUCUGGGGGUGCUCUUAUUCAGCAGUUUAUGAUCUUGACCUUCGGAUCGCUUGCGAGUUCAACCCCAUACCUUGGAGGGAUUCUACUGGUGAUUGUUCUUGCAUGGCUAGCAGCGGCGAAGUCCCUGGAUACACAAUUCACCGCAUUGCGUCAGGAAGAAGAGCUCGAGAAAGAGAUGGAAAGAGCAGCCGUUAAGAUCCCAGUUGUGUCUGAAACCAGAAACGGUACUUUUGCCGGUGGCUCAUUGCUAAACCAGUCAGCAGGUGACUCGACUGGAAGCACAUCCGAAACAUCAACUCCAAGCAAUAUCUAGAAAACAAGCAGCAGGAAUAAGCAGCAGUUCUAGGUUACUGCUGGCUCUAAAAUUAAGUUUUUGUUAUUAUAGAAAGAAUAUGAGUAUCUAAAACUGUACUCUGUAGAAUUGCAUUUGGAUGAACAUCAAGCAAAAGUGCAAACACCCUUCUAUCUGAGUUCUUCAAA